AUGGACGCUGAGGCGUCUACCAGUGGCAUCAGCUGUGGCACCUUGCCCGGUCGGGGUCGAGGUCUCUUUCGAACGCCGAAGGUGAAACGCAGCGCCUCCCUAUUUUCCUGUUUUCCUACCAAAAAACCAAUAAGGCAGCUGCGCCAGGAUGAUCUAUUGUCGCGUGUACGCGAAAAUUCUGAUCGACGUUGUUUUACCCUUCCCCCUAUGCCCACGCGUACUUCUACGCUGCUCACCACCACCAACGCAACCGCACGGGAUACUCCGGAUUCCUUCAUCCUACCGGCCCGCUAUCCCACGCUCACGGCUGGCGAACGUUUUCCAUCCCCCACCUCCCGUCCCUAUCACUCCAAACUGUUGGCCUUCUUUCGUGGCCGACAGGCGGAAGCGAACCAAAGCUUUCUGCGAGCGGCUAGGUCAGGCAACAUAGGCAAAAUUACUGAGUACCUCAAUGCAAAUGUGGAUCUAAAUGCUGUCAAUUCGGUGAGUCGCAACACCCUACUUGUUGUUUUUCAGCAGGCGUGCUGA